AUGAAUAAAUUAGCAGGUGCAAAAACUUACAAGAAUAAUUAAGGAUAAAAAUCACAUAGAUCUUAUUAAUCAAGAUUAUCUGAGAAAGUCAGAGAAUAGAUUCACGGUUUAGUAACUGCAAUGAAAAAGGAUAAGAAAUAUAAGAAAGAGGAAAUGAGAAAAUAUUUAAAGAGUGAAAAUAAUAAACACAUAUAAAAUUUAGAUUGA